GGAUGCGUUGCGGCCGACGUGACGUUGGUUUGGAAGGGCCGGAGAGGCGCAGGGAGUCGGUGUGAAAGCACAGCCCAGAGGGGAACAGGAGGCGCCCGGAUGUACCGGAGAAUCUGGGCCCCCAGAAAAAGAUGGCGGAGAACCAGCUAACGGCCCAAGAGGAACGGGCUAUUGAUGAAUUUCUGGCUGAGUUGAAGACCCGGGAACAACCACAAUUGGUUUCAGUGCCUCCUAACACUGCUCUGAAGUUCUUAAUGGCUCGGAAGUUUGAUGUUUCUAGAGCAAUUGAUUUAUUUCAAGCUUACAGAAACACAAGGCUAAAAGAAGGCAUCUAUAAUAUUAACCCUGAUGAAGAACCAUUGAGAGCAGAGCUGCUAAGUGGUAAAUUUACAGUUUUGCCUGGAAGAGAUGAAAAUGGGGCCGCAUUAGCUUUAUUCACUGCUAGACUCCAUCGACCGGAUGUUACCACGCAUAAGGCGGUUCUGCAGGCUAUUAUCUAUCAGCUAGAUAAAGCCAUUGAGAGAGUUGAAACUCAGCGGAAUGGACUUAUAUUCAUCUAUGAUAUGAUCAAUUCCUCUUACGGAAACUUUGAUUAUGAGCUGUGUGUUAAAAUACUGAACCUUUUGAAGGGUGCAUUUCCUGCACGUCUUAAGUGUGUUUUUAUUGUAUCUUCGCCACUUUGGUUCCGAGCUCCAUUUGCUGUAUUGAGAUUGUUUGUCAGAGAAAAGCUACGGGAAAGGGUGCGAACAGUAAAAGCCCAUGAGCUGGUAAACCACAUACCAAAAGAAUCCUUACCUGAGCAUUUGGGCGGGACCUCAAAAUAUAGCCAUGUGUCUUGGAUUCAAUCGUGUGUCAAUUCCAGGCAAACUCAAGAAAAUGCAGAUUGCAUGGAUCAUCUGUUCAUGAUCUAUGCAUCGGAUCAGAAUCCUGUGAGUGACAGACUUAAUUCUAACUGCACCCAGCAGAAUGUGACUGAUAAUACCAGACUUAUACAUAAUCAUUACCAUGAAAAUAGGACUAAAAAUUAUUCAGAUGUACACAGAGUAAGCAGCUGUGUUCACUGGAAUGGUUCUGCAGGUAGUGGGAACUAUGAUUGUUAUGACAAAAAUUCCAGUACAAACACCAAUUGCCGGAGGCCACCACCACAAUCAGAGACCCCUCCGGACACACCUUUAUAUAAGCAGCCUGCUGAUAAUCCCUCCAUCCCACCUUUACCCCAGAAAUCACGACCACUGCCCCCAGGCAUGGAGCUGUCUAUACAUAUGCCAGAAGAUGGAGGAAUGAUGGUACUUGGUUUGGUUCAGCAUGUCAAAAGGAUGAAAAAGAGGGGAAUAUUUCAAGAAUAUGAAGAAAUAAGAAAAGACCCACCUGUUGGUUCAUUUGAUAUUUCAAAGAAAUCCCACAAUCAAGCAAAAAAUAGGUACAGCGACGUGCUCUGUUUAGACCAGUCAAGAGUUAAGCUGGGACUUGUUGGUACAGAUGAGACAACAGAUUACAUUAAUGCCAGUUUCAUGGAUGGCUAUAAAAGAAAGAAUGCUUACAUUGCAACACAAGGUCCUUUGCCAAAAACGUUUGAUGAUUUCUGGCGAAUGGUGUGGGAACAGAAGGUGUUAAUCAUUGUAAUGACAACAAGGGUAAUAGAAAGAGGCCGAAUAAAAUGCGGACAGUAUUGGCCAUUAGAAGCAGGAAGAAGUGAAGAUACUGGGCACUUUAUAAUCAGGAACAUCCACAUAGACCUCUUCCAAGACUUUAAGCUUACACACCUGGAAGUAUACAAUAAGCAGACAGAUGAAAGUCAAAGUGUUGCCCAUUACCAAUACAUGAGCUGGCCUGACUUUGGUGUGCCUAAAUCUGCCUCUGCCAUGCUAGAUUUCCGAACCCAGGUGAAGCAACACCAGGCAGUGGCUGUUCAAGCCCUAGGGAUGGCGUGGACGGGACAUCCUGCUGGGCCACCAGUUGUUGUUCAUUGCAGUGCAGGGAUUGGCAGAACAGGUACAUUUUGCACUCUGGAUAUUUGUCUAUCCAGACUAGAAGACAUUGGAACAGUAGAUGUUCUGCAGACUGUAAAGAGAAUGAGAACUCAACGUGCUUUCAGCAUACAAACAUGGGAUCAAUAUUAUUUUUGUUAUAUGGCGAUCAUUGAAUACGCACAGAGAAAAGGCAUUAUUGCUCCUGUGGAAUGGUCAGACACUGACUUUGAGACCGAUAGUGAGUGAUAAUUCCUUCCUGUGGUACAAAGAAGUGUAUGUGGUGUAUCGGCGGCCAUCAGCUGGUCUAUUCUGAUUCAUUGGUGCUGGAAGGAUCUGCCACUCAUGCUUUUAGUGCAUUGCAGGCCCCUUCAGCACACAAGGGGUUUGAGCUAUUGAAGCACUGGAAAGUGUCAUAAUUUAUUGUAGCAUGAAUGCCAUGGAAUAACUUGCACAGCGUCUCCUAGACUUGAAAUUAAGUGAAAUGUUUCUUUUGCUGUCUGCAGAAAGAAUUUUGUACAAUGUGUCACAGACCCCUUUGUAAAGUGUUUAAUAUCUUGUAGAUUUGUUUAGUCCAUUUUUAAGAAUUUUAUGUAAAUUGUAUUGUGUUCUUUAAAGAAUGCUCGGAAGUCUAACAUUUAUUGAACCAAUGCUACCAAGUAGAAGUCCAUUUACCUGGUCACUUUGGCAUUAUUAUUGUAUAUUUUUCUGUACAGGAAAUUGUCUAUAUAUU